AUGGCAGGUAAUGAAGAGCGUCCGGUGAUAGAAGCCGCAAGGCCCAAUCUGGCUCUGAUGACUCAGGCGGUUGUGAAGCCUGAUAUCAUGGGUUACUUUAAACUCAAACAGUACAUGGUACAGCUGAUUCAAUCCACAGGGCAGCUGACACUGUUUCCCUUUUCACUGAUGGGGGAAGCUAUGGAAUGGUUAAAAAAGGAGCCCGCGAACUCAAUCCACAAUUGGGAUGAUCUAGCAAGGAAAUUCUUAAUGAAGUUUUUUCCCACAAAGAAGACAAAGUCGCUGAGGAGCCAGAUUCUUGGGUUUCAACAACGAGAUGGUGAGACCCUUCGACAAGCUUGGGAAAGAUUCAAGAAGUUACUCAGAGACUGCCCACACCAUUGUCAAACUGAUGAGGUAUUGGGUCACACCUUUGUUGAUGGGUUGGACGAGGCAUCAAAGAUGAAUCUUGACUUACCAUGUGGGGGAGAUGGGGAACUACGAAGAGCACUUAAACAAAAGGCAGCAGGUGUGAUCGAGCUUGAUGACUUCUCAGCAAUGAGGGCAGAAAUAGCGAGAUUAGCAAAUCAGAUGAAUAAAGUGGCAAUGCACCAUGCACAACAAAUGCAACAUGUGCAACAGAUGUCUGCUUGUUACGAGUUAUGUGGUGAAGGUCACACUAGGGACAUAUGUACCGUGAAUCCUGAAUCAAUCUACUAUGUGGGGCAACAAGCUAGAGGGUCGAUGAAUCAACAUGCUCAAUAUGGUAACACAUACAAUCUGAAUUGGAGGAAUCAUCCUAACUUCUCUUGGGCUGGAAAUCAGAAUAUCAGGCCUCAAGCGAAAUACAAUCAUCCACCUCAACCCUCACAGCAAGCGGAAGAGAGUUUGACUGACUUGAUGAAAAAGCUCUUGAUAGACAAUCAGCAAUUGUGCAUAGAAUUCAGAAAUCUAGAGAGGCAGUUUGGGCAGAUGGCUAACAAUCAGAAUACUAGACCUGCUGGAGCUCUCCCGAGUGAUACUAAACAUAAUCCUAAGGCUCAAGUCAAUGCAGUUACCUUGAGAAAUGGAAGAGAAUUAGAAGAAGUUCCAGAGAAAAAUAAGUAUACAGCUAGAUCUGAAGGAGAAUUAGUUCCUAAGCCAUUUGAGGAGAAUAAGAAAGAAAAGCCAGAAAUUGUGACAAGGCCACCACCUCUGUUUCUACAAAGAUUGCAAAAGCAAAAUGAUGAUGCUAUGUACAAGAAAUUCUUAGAUAUAUUGAGUCAAGUGCGUGUGAAUUUGCCUUUGGUGGAAACUUCGCAGGAAGUGCCUGAGUAUGCAAGGUAUCUCAGACAUAUUGUGGCAAACAAGCAAAGACACACAGAAUGUGAAACAGUUGCACUUACUGAAGAGUGUAGUGCUAGAGUUCAGAGUAAACUCCCUCCUAAGUUCAAGGAUCCUGGGUGUUUAACAAUUCCUGUCUCUUGGAAAACAAGAAAUGAGGAAGUACCCAUUAUUUUGGGGCGACCAUUGUUAGCUACUGGUGGAGCGCUUAUUGAUGUUAGGGAAGGGAAGUUGAAGAUGAGAGUUGAACUGAAGGGGAUAGAGCAGAGUCCUUAUGUGAAUUGUAGUGAUUCGGAUAGGACGACUGAGUUGGAGGAGGUGGUGUUGCAAGCUGAGUGUGUAAGGAUGAUUGAAAAAAGAGCCAGAGAUGAAAGAGGAGAUCUGCUGAGAGCGUGUAAAAAGGCUAGGCUUAAUGGGAGAAAGAAGAAGAGAAAGCGCACAGCCUGA